AUGACUCGAUUUCAUCCGUUAGAUUUUCGUCUGAUGGCCAUGUCCCAGUUUCAGAUUCUGACAUUGUUAUGCCAAACAGCAGCAUGGACUAUUGGUAGUGAUCUCAAUCAAUUUCUGACUGAACAACUGGCUACCAGUCAAGCUCUAUCACGUGAGAUAUUCGAGGCUCAAGUUGUAGCACUUGUCGAACAAAUGCAAACCACAACAGUAGCAAAUGUGAAAUACACCGAUCAGCUGGUGUCCGAGGUUAUUCUCAACAGUGGAAUUAUGUCAGCCUUGAAUACCAACUAUUACCUCUCCUAUAAUCCAUUAGUGUCGACUUAUAACAUUAUACACGGAAACUAUCCAGUUGGAAAUUAUAUUAUCAGCAACGCCUCGAUUCUGGAUAAUAUCUAUUGCGGUUGCCAAUACCAGUCAAACUGUACUUUUCAAGCUGGUUUCUACAAUUAUUCCAUUCGUCCUGCACACGGUGAAUUUAACAUAUAUACGCCCUCGCCACCACCUAUAUUUAUCGUACCAGGUAUGUUGGUUGGAUGCUUGCCUCGUGAUUCAAUGCUUCAGUCGACACUGGAAUGUUUUUACAAUCGUUCAUGUCUCGAUCUCAUUGGUGUCUCACAAGCGAUCAUCCCCCUCAAUGCGACUGUUCCAUCUCGCUUUCGAGUCAAUACAACCGUAAAUACGAUGUUCGAACAACUCUUCAUUGAAACGUGGCAAAACUCGAGUAAUUUCACUAGUUACUACAAUGCAUGCCAUCCGAAAACAUGUUCUUACACCAAUACACAACGUGGUAAUUUUCUUUAUGCACUGACGAUUCUCGUCAGCCUCAUUGGUGGUCUUACAACAAUACUCGGUAUUUUCGUUCCUCUUCUCGUACAAUUCUUUCGUCAUUUACUAGUUAAAUGCCGAGGUGAUACAAUUCAUACAAUCGACAAUGAUCCUGCAAGUAGGCGGUUUUUUUUACUUUCCCUGUUUUAUUUUAUUCUCACGAAAUGAUACUAAGGAAUUGUCUGAUUUACUGUAUCUAUAAACAAGAAACUGAGAAUGUGGAAUUAUCUAAAAGAUGAACUGUUGUUUGUUCAGAUAUUGAUUUUUUGUGCAAAUGCCAGCAGAUGAUAAUUGUUUGAAUUGUUUUAGUGCCAAGCAUCGGAGAACGCCUUCUGACCCUCGUUCGUCGAAUUCGUCAACUAAUCAGUACAUUUAAUAUGUUCGAAACUUCCUUUUCUACCGUGAAUCUGGGAAUUCAAACAACGCGUCUCUAUAUUUUUCUCACAUUUAUGGGUGCAUUCAUUCUCUUCAGUUAUUCAAUGUUGAGUGUAACUACGAUAAGUGUUACCAUACAACAGCCUUCUUUGGAUACCUUCGAAAAACUGUACUCUCGAUAUUCAUCGACACUCGUAUGUCCUUGCACUGGUCUCGUGUUAACCUAUAACGAGAUAAUGAAUGUUACGCCUCAUUUUCAUCAACUCUGCUCAAGUGAUUUUGUCCGAGAUGAUCGCUGGUUACUCUAUUUCCACACGAUACUAUUCUACAUACAAAAUGUUUCGAGCAGUUUCACGUUCGAUAUUAGUGAUUUUCGUUCUGCUCCCGGUUCAAGUCUGUUUAAUUUAAUGAAAACUCUGUGUAUCACAGCCAACUCAACUGUUAUCAAUGCCGCAACUGUUUUCGGCGCCACAAAACUUGUGAAUGUGUAUCCGAUGUCACAUGUAUUAUUCGAAAAUAAGACGACCGAACUGGCAUCACAGUUUCAACAAGAAACACAAGCUUCUUUCCAGAUUCUAUUCUCUCAACUAGCCAGGGCAAUUCGAGAUAAUCAAUUCUACAACUCCGGAACUAAUGCAGCUGGUACAGUCGUCACGACCGAUCAUGCAAAAGUUUGGUUGAGUAUGAAAAACAUAAAUCCUUCUGGAUCUAACUGCUCAUGCGCUAUGUCCAGCAAUUGUACUCGACCGCUAGGAUUCUAUUGCAGCGCUAACUCAUGCCAUAAUUUGAACGCACAACCGAACAUCACUGUACCAGGUAUGUAUGGAAGCUGUACAUCCAUAGACUCGUUACUAUUCUCAACACUUACCUGUCUCUUCAACCAGUCAUGUAUUCAACUUCUGCUCGAUUGGCGCUCAUUCGACAGACAUGGUAUGCUGGUCCCGCUCGAUCCUCGUGGAGCCAACACUACAGCACUUGAUCCAGAUUUACCCAGUAGAUUUUUACCCAACUCCACAUUUGAACCACUAGUAUCGAAUAUGUUUAUCGAAAACUGGACAUUAUCCAAUAAUUAUAGCACCUACUAUACAACCUGCAAUCCUGAUAGUUGCACAUACACAUACGACCAACGAUAUGCUUUUGUUGCUGCCAUUACAGUUCUCAUCGGCUUAUUAGGUGGGCUCAGUGUUGCACUAAAGUUGAUUCUGCCACCUUGUGUAAAACUGGUUGUGGGUAUUUUUCAUCGUUGCAAAGGCGUCGAUAGAUUAGGUAAGUUUAUACAUUUAUUAUCUAUACACUUCAAUCUGUAUCUCGAUGUAUCAGAAGUGAAACUGAUGUUUUUUUUAGACUCUUAUUCUUGGAAUAAUGGUAAUUAUCGUCAUCUUGUUAAUUUUGAGAAUAACAGUAGUUUUCAUCUUCGAUUGUUACCGAUCUUUAAUAUUGAUCCAUACGAGUGUAGUGAAUAUAAAUCUAUUUUCCUAGAAAUGAGCUAUCUCUGCAAUAGUUGAAAAGAUACAAGUAUUUGUUCGAUUUUACCACAGAAGAUCUUGCGUUGUGCAUUAGUAAACGGCAGAAAAUAUGGUCUAGACUUCUUCUAUUAUAUAGUUUAGUAAUUAAGAUCAGUUGUUUUGAGUUUCGAUAUAAUCAAUGGCUAACAUUUGUGGCUUGUUUCACUAUUACUGCAUGACUAGAAAAAGUGUGUUCAUGCUUCUAGCUAUGAAAUCCUUCCUAAGGACUAGUGCAUGUUCACUCUGUUCUCUUUCAAACGUUUUUUUCUUGUAAAAAUUCUGCAUUCAAGAGCAGUUACAAAUAGGAGAAAUUGAAUACAGCAUAUUCUAUUCAUGUUUACUAGAAGUAUGUAUGUAGAACAAAUAGGCGAAUGAAUAACAAUGAUGUAAUCGACUCUAGGUCUUAUAAAAACUGGCGGCAUCCCU